AUGGAUUCUCGUGUUUUUCUCUCACUUUCUCUCUGUUUCCUCUUCUUAUUACCUGAUCUUCCCCAUUCUGCUAUUCGGUUUCCAAGAUGGCUCGGAGAUAAGAAAACACAAGGAUCUGUGAUCAGAUUGCCGACUGGUCCUUCAAAUUCUCCUGUUGAUCCUACUCGAGUCACCCAACUAUCUUGGCGUCCCAGGGCUUUCAUCUAUAGGAAAUUUUUAACAGAUGAGGAGUGUGAUCAUCUCAUUAUUCUGGCCAAGGAUAAGCUAGAGAAGUCCAUGGUUGCUGAUAAUGAAUCAGGCAAGAGUAUAGCGAGCGAGGUUCGUACGAGUUGUGGCAUGUUUCUUAGGAAGGCCCAGAUUGUUGAGAGGUGUUUGAGAAGGUGCUUUGGUCUUAGCAUUUGGUGCGGUGAGCUUUGCCACCUUAUUCGCAGCAUAAAAGUUUUGUCCAAAAAUAAUGGCAGCUAUCUGCACAUUGUGAGGAAGGAAGAAAUUGUUGAGAGCUCAAACUGA